UCCAGCACUCAUUCACUCACUCUGGAUAGGCCUGCUCAAGCUAAGGCCAAGGAAUAAAGGGGGUGGACUUUGCAAGAACCCUCAAAGCUCUGGCAUCGCACACACUCUAUCAGUGCGACUGGAAGAGAGAAUCCUAGGCUGGGGCUCUCUGGCUAGCGUUGGAACUAAGAAGUGCCCCCAGCCUCCGAGUGCUGCGCGCUGCGGCCAGUAGGAGGCGAGCCCGGGAAUGCCCAGCCCUAGGAAAGCGAGCGCGGAGGCCGAGAGGAGUCAGAGAGGGGAAAGGAGAAGGAAGAAAGAAGAGCUCGGGAACUUGGACCCAGAGACGCAGGAAAGGGCGGGAGGCAGAGAGCCAGCACGGGCGGAGUAGGAACCACGCUUACUAGUGUAAGAAAACUGAGGCUCACUCUGGACGCAUGCGCACGGCCAACGGAGGCCAGAGGGCCAGAGCUUCCCCUCCAGCUAGUCCAGUGGAUCCUAGCUUGGUCCUGGAAAAUUGGAGACUGACAGACAUAUGGCAGGAGGGAGCUGCUGAACUAUGGACUCUCUGCUGUGUUUUUUGCUGGUGCUGGCUGAGCUUGUAUUGAACAAGUGUUCAGUGUCUACAGGUUUUGUUUUCACUCAAGGGACCAUUGCUGGCCACACUCCACUUUCAGUGCAUGGGCUGGGCAGGUUCUUCCGUCUCCCACUCUCCCCAGUUUUUGUGUCCCACGUUGCUAACAGAGUGUCUCCCAAGUGCACCGUGAUUGGGGAAAGCACCAUAGCUUCCCUGAGCCUGCGGGAUCCGAGUGGCCUGAGAUGCGGAUGCAGCAGACGUGCGGCGGAAGCGAGACCGAGGGCUCCAUCCCAAGCCAGCAGGGCGCAGGCAGCCGCGGCUCCAAUGCCUGCUGCUUUUGCUGGUGCUGCUGCUGCAGCUGUUCUUGCCUCACUGUGAGAAACCAGGAAGACCAGAGACCCGGGAGAGCCUCCCAUGAACUCAGGACAGACAUUCCGGCUUGUGAAGAAAGCCCCACCCCCACUCUGGAAGAAGUCUGUGCCUGGGCCCAGUCAUUUGACAACCUAAUGGUGACUCCAGCUGGAAGAAAUGCAUUCCGGGAAUUCCUUCGAACAGAAUUCAGUGAAGAAAACAUGCUUUUCUGGAUGGCCUGUGAGGAGCUGAAAAGGGAAGCUAAUCAGAGCACGAUUGAGGAGAAAGCCAAGAUAAUAUAUGAAGACUACAUUUCUAUUCUCUCUCCUAAAGAGGUCAGUUUGGACUCCCGCGUACGGGAGGGCAUCAACAGAAACAUGGUGGAUCCAUCCCAACACAUAUUCGAUGAUGCUCAACUUCAGAUUUACACCCUAAUGCACAGAGACUCCUAUCCCCGGUUCAUGAACUCCACGGUCUACAAAGACCUGCUGAAGUCCUUAACUGAGAGAGCAGUUGAAGCAUAGGUGGUGUCAAGCAUACUUAUUAUUAAUAAUUCCAGAAAAUAACUCAUGGGCCACAUUCAGCACAGGAAAUCUAGAGGUAGGAUCUUCUCUGCUAGAGAGAUUCUUGGACUAUUGUAGCAACAAAUUCUUCCUCCACAGAGAGCUAUAGACUCACAGUAUAACUGCAGCCACCUUUAGUAAUACUUGUCAGGAAAAAAAGGGAUAUGACAGCCUUAGAAAGACAGUAUGCUCACGCUCACAGUGACAGUAGCAUGUUCUCAAGGGGAGGGCACGCACUAGCCUCUGCUCUGCCUGCAGCUCAGACACACAGAGCAAAUGGAGACACUUUUGUUUUGCAUGAGUUAAUACCCUGUUACACUCUGAAGGAAAGGCAUUCAGGUUUUUUCCAACUAACGCUUCUUUCAGUCUGAAUACUUCACUUAGCACCAUGCCAGGAUUGGAAGUCACAUUUCGUGAAGAUGUGACUAUUCCUUGUGAAAACGGCAACCGAGUGCAUCUGCUGUGGUGGUGGAACAUACCACACACUGUGCUCUAGGUGGGUCAGUCUCAGGUAUUUGGGAAGAAAAGCAAUGCUUAAGUGAUUCUUCAUUCAGAAAGGAUGACCAUAUUAUCUACCAACCUGAAGAAUGAGUUUUCAAGUUCAUAGCUUGUCAUGUUCACAAAGCUUCAAAUAAACAUAUUUUAAUUUUUUAUUGAAAGAAAUGUGGAUAUUUUCACUCUGAAAAAUAAAACAUAAAAGUUUUCUCUCAA